AUGGGCCAGGUGACAGGAGGCCUUGGCUGGCGGCUCAGCCUGCUGCUGCUACCCUUGCUUCUGGUACAAGCUGGUGCCUGGGGGUUCCCAACAGGCCCCCUGAGCCUGCAGGAGCUGCGCAGGGAAUUCACAGUCAGCCUGUACCUUGCCAGGAAGCUGCUCUCUGAGGCGCAGGGCUAUGUCCACAGCUUUGCUGCAUCUCGAUUGCCAGGAGUGAGCUUGGACCUUCUGCCUCUGGGACACCAUCUCCCCAAUGUUUCCCUGACCUUCCAGGCAUGGCGUCAUCUGUCUGAACCAGAGAGACUCUGCUUCCUUUCCACCACACUUCGGCCCUUCCCUGCCCUGCUGGGAGUGCUGGGGAGCCAAGGGACCUGGACCAGCUCAGAGAGGGUGCAGCUGUGGGCCAUGAGGCUGGAUCUCCGGGACCUCCACAGGCACUUACGCUUCCAGGUGCUGGCUGCAGGGUUCAACUGCUCGAAGGAGGAGGAGGAGGAGGAGGAGGAGGAGGAGGAGGAGGAGGAGGAGGAGGAGCUGCUCCUAGGGGCUCUGGAUGGCCCCAGUCAGGUGUCAUCCCAAGUGUCCUGGCCCCAGCUGCUCUAUACCUACCAGCUCCUACACUCCUUGGAGCUUGUCCUGUCUCGGGCUGUCCGGGACCUGAUGUUGUUGACCUUGCCCCAGCACCCAGGCCCGGCUUGGGGUUCCUAAAC